AAUAUCUUCAAGUCUUCUACCCGUACGCCGUAUUUUCCAUGCAGUCCUGAGUCCAGCUGCGAGGAUGUUGUGAUGGUGUGUCUGUGUUUAUGUUUGUAAAUAGGGGAUUGAAGUGUGGAAGAUAUGGAGUCAGAUAUCUUUAGGAGUGCAGUGACAAGCGUGUUAAAUAACUGGACUGCAUUGCAGCUUGCCGUUGAGCAUGGAAUGGGGACACGUGAAACCGCACAAAGUUUGGUGGACUAUGUAAUAGAAACCUUUGUUGCCAACGAUGAUAUCAGUUGUGAAGAAAUGGCUGAUGUGCUAUCAGAAGUCAUGGAUUCAUUAUUUCAAACAGUGUGUGAGGAUAACUCACCUGAUGAGGUUGGUGCUCUACUCUGGAGGUUCUAUCAACAUCACAGAGUAGGAGAGACUGACAAGAUAAAGGAAAUGCUGAGUAAAUUACCACCUUGUCAACUUUGGCUGUGUAAACAAUUAGACACUUCCGCUCCUGUUAAGAUGCGAAACCUGCAACCUCUACCAGAAACUAUGGAUGCUGAGGAAAGUGAAUGGACAGAAGUGAAAUCAAGAAGAUCUAAGAGAACAUUGAACAGUGCUGCAGAUGAAAUUGAUCACAGUGCUUCACAUGUGGGGGAUGUGAUUGGUGUUUCGGGAGAUCAGGAAGAGAUGUGUACAUAAAAAUAAAUAAAUAAAUAAAAAAAAAUUGUGGUUCUGUUUCUCUCUAAGUUAUAAAGAAAUCAUAUUUCCUACCUAAAGGCAUAUUCGCUUAAAAAUGCUAAGUAUUAGUUAUUUUUCCUUUUAAAAUCUUGCAACCAUAUUCAGCAGAUACAAACCUAUACUCGCAGCACUGUAAUGCCUGUAGUUUCACUGAACAGUGAAAUACACUUAAAAAAUACUGACCAAAAUCUUUGAUGUAAAACUUAUUAUUUUUACAACAUAGUGCUCUCAAUUGAUGUAUUUUUCACUUAGGCUAAAAGAAAUGACAAAAUUAUUUUGGCUUCAUGUGAUUAAAAAAGUCACUUAAACUGGUAUAUGUUAUUGUUUUAGUUAAAUUUACCAAUCUGAGUGCAUUCAUGUGGUUCUCAAUUGUUCAUGAUUUUACUGGACAGGGAAUAACAUGACUGUGAGAUGAAAAACUGCAAUGUAAAUUUGAAGUUACCAAGAAAAAAUUUCAUGCUAUUUGGCGGACUGUACAUUGCUUUGAACAUUUCCACAUAUGGACAAUGCAGGACUUAGACUUCUAAACAGAAAGUGCUGCCAUCUCGUUGAGAUUUUUGUGCUAUGGUGAUUCACUUUCCAAUUUUUUACUAUAUCCCACAGAUGGUAUACCCACAAUAUUGUGGUAGAAUCAUUAUGGAGUUUGCAAGGAAGAGGUAGGAGCUAAGUUUAAGCUCAUAAG